AUGGAUAGCGAUGAAGGUCCAAGUCCAGUGCUCGUGCAUACGUUGCAACUGCGCGAUCCCUACAACUCGACCAUAGGAGAGAACGACACCUCAUUCGAGGCAUUCUACACGACGGCCUACAUCAAUUUGGCCAUAGGGCUGAUCGGAUUCCUCUUCUUCAGCGUGCUGCGGCCCAUCAAGGCCCUCGGCUUCCGCCAGUUCUUUGCCCCCGUGUGCUACACCGCACGCAACCGUGCUGCACUCGAGAAAGAGGCCGAAGCGCGGCGGCACGGCCGGCCCUACGGCAGCCCGGGCGCCACUGGCGUGGCGAGCCACCUGUCCGAUACGGCCUGCUAUCCCUUCCACAGCGGCCUCUUCGGCUGGGUUAUGCCCACUCUCCGGUACUCGGACGCGAAGCUGAUCGCCACCCAUGGCCUCGACGCGGUGAUGUACUUCCGCUUUCUGCGGCUCUCCAUGUUCAUGUGCAUCUUCAUGUCCCUCCUCGGGCUGCCUCUUCUCUUGCCGCUCAACUGUACCGGUGGCUUCGCGGCCGCGGAGGGCAUGGGCCUGCUGACCAUGGGCAACAUCGGAUCGCGCGACCCCAGGCUCAUCGCCCACAUUGCCGUCACCGUCGUGUACUCGCUGCUGGUGUACGGCAUCAUCUACUUCACAUAUCGCACCUACUAUCGAGACAGAAUCGAGCAUCUCAAUUCGAAAGAGAUCAAGAACUACACCAUCAUUGCUGAAGAGAUUCCCAAGAAGAUGCGCAGCAAGGAGGCGUUGCGGCGCUGGUUUGAAGAGAACUACCCCGACCGAGUGGUGGACGUUCAAAUUCCCUAUGAUGCACGGAAGCUGCAUGAGCUACUCAGCGAGCGGAGGACCCUUAAAUACAAGCUCAAGGCCGUGCAAUACGCCGAAAAGCACACGGGGAAGCGUCAACAGAAGCGAAUCGGUUGGAAGGUGUUUGGUCGACGGAUCCUGGGCGGCCUCGUGGGUCCCAAGGUAGAUGCCCUCAGUCGCUAUGUCCAUAAGCUGAAUGACAGCGAGGAAAGGAUAUUUGAGCUGCAGAGAAACGCUGAGGCCAAGCUCGAGAAGACAAGCGUCGGUUAUAUCACCUUCGACUCCAUGUUCCCGGCGCGUAUUGCUUGCAUUCACACUCUGGCCAACCCCGACAAGCUCCAUGUGAGCCCUGCUCCGGCGCCUGGUGCAAUACUGUGGGACAAUCUGCACAUCAGCAAGACGCAGCACAUCGUGCGCGGACUAAUCGCAUCGAUCCUCAUGUUCCUGUUCAUCUUCUUCUGGUCGGUGCCCGUGCUCUUCAUCGUCGGUCUGGCGAACAUUCACAGCCUGGCCCAGGUGCACUACUUCUCGUGGCUCAACGACAUCAUCGCCGCCGCGCCCGGUCUCAUCGGCUUCGUCGAGGGAUUCCUGCCGUCCUUCAUCCUCUUCAUCUUCAACGACCUCACCAUCGAGAUCAUUCGUAAGUGCGUCGAGUUGUGCGGAUGGCACGACAAGGAGAAGAAGGAGCGGACAGUACUCCAAGCCCACUGGGCCUACCAGGUGUUCAACCUGCUCCUCGUGUCCGUUAUCGGUGGUUCCAUAUUCAAGGUCCUCAAGAUCGUGUUGUCGAGGCCACCUGAUCUGAUAGGCCUGCUCGCCUCUUCGCUGCCCCAGCAAUCCGUGUUCUUCAUCAACUACAUCCUGGUCGUCGGUUUGGGCCGAGCUCCGUUCAAGCUGAUCCGGUACUCGGCGUUCUUCAAGCUCUACAGCCGCUUGUUCUGGUUGUGGCUGCGGGGACGAACUGCGGAGGAGCGCCAGGAGAUCAGGCAGCCGCGCCAGUUUGACUACGCCGACCAUGUGUCGAUGGACGUGUUGAUCUUCUCCGUGGUCCUCAUCUUCAGCGUCAUGGCGCCAGCCAUCGCCUUCUUCGGCAUCGUCUACUUCUUCUUCGCCUACCUCUCUCACCGAUACAACAUCAUCCACGUCUAUCGCUCGCAAUACGAGUCCGGCGGCAUCCUGUGGCACAGCAUCUUCCACCAGAUCAUGACCGCCCUCCUCCUCUUCCAGCUCACCAUGGCCGGCGUGCUCAGCGCCAAGGGCUACGGAGAGAGCGGCGGGCUCCUCGCGCUGCCGCUGUUCUCCGGCUUCUUCUGGAUCUGGGUCCAAAAGAAAUUCUCCACGGCCGCCCGCUACGGCCCCAUCGACGGCGUUCAGACCCGCCGCAUGGACGCACCCUACACGGUCGAUGCCUACAGGCAGCCGGAGCUGGCUCCGCUGUAUCGGGCCGACGCGGAAGACGAGGGCGACAAGGUGGCGCUCCUGGACGGCACGAACCAACCAACGGAGGAGAUCAGCCUGUGGGACGCGCGCGGGAAGGACAUCGUCCCGCUCAGCCUUCGCUCCUCCGACUUCGGCGGCGGCGCCGACGACGGCAAUGACGGCCUGACCAUCAACACCGCCGAUGGCGAUGAAGAAGAUCCGGGACCGUCGGGCGGCGCCGGCGUUGGCCACAGCAGCGCCACAGGUCGAUGA